GUUCGAGACUUUAAUGAGACAGAAAAGAGGAGGAAUAAGCCAAGAAGGGGGACGACUUGAAUCCGCCGCACUGAGGACAAGUAUGCAAGAGAGAAGCGCGCCUGUCUCCACAAAGCAGGAUCAAUGUCAUAUAUUCGGGACUUUGAAGUGAGUCAUGUCUAAUGGGAGAACUCGAACUCGGAUUUCUGCUCAUAACAAGAGGAGCCGCCAGCAGAGAGCGAACUGAGAGACGAGUUUUUCAUCAGUAGUUGCGAAGGAAAGUUUUAUAAAGAAGCAUCAGCCUGAUCCGGACUUUGUUGACACGGACCUUGACAGUCCUCGCUGCAAAAUCUGCACAUUUCCUCACCAGAUGCGGACAGAAAGAUGCAUCUGGGUAAGGCUUUGCUGUUUGUCCUCCUCCUCAACUGCGCAACUUUGAGCUCGUCCCUGUCAACUUGUGCCACCGUGGAUAUCGACCAUGUGAAGAGGAAGAGGGUCGAGGCGAUCCGAGGUCAGAUCCUGAGCAAGCUCCGGCUGACGAGUCCCCCGCACUCCCUGGGACCCAAUAAAAUCCCUUAUCAGAUCCAAGCAUUGUAUAACAGCACCAAGGAGCUACUGGAGGAGCUGGGGAGGGAUCGGCAGCAGAGCUGCGGUCAGGACAACACAGAGACUGAGUACUAUGCCAAAGAGAUAUACAAAUUCAACAUGGUCUACGGACCGCCGGAGAGCAAUGAUCUGGUUAACUGCCCAAAAGGCAUCACCUCCAAGGUCUUCCGCUUCAACGUCUCUGCGAUGGAGAGGAACUCCACCAACCUGUUCAGGGCGGAGUUUCGGGCUCUGAGGGUCCCGAACUCCAGCGCCAAGAGGAACGAGCAGCGGAUCGAGCUCUACCAGAUCGUGAGGCCAAACGAACACAUCAGGAAGCAGCGCUACAUCGGAGCCAAGAACGUCCUGACGAAAGGCACUCCGGAGUGGGUCUCCUUCGACGUGACGGAAACGGUGCGGGAGUGGCUGACCAGCAGAGGGUCUAAUCUGGGUUUGGAAAUCAGUGUGCACUGUCCCUGCCACACCUUCAACCCAAACAGGGACAUCAUCGACAACGAGAACGAGGUGCUGGAGGUCAAGUUUAAAGGUGUGGAUGGAGAUGAGGAGCACAGUCGCUUGGAUCUGGAUAACCUGAAGAAGAGGAAGGAGCCAUAUCUGCCUCACCUCAUCCUCAUGAUGAUCCCCCCUCAUCGCCUGGACACUCAGUCGACCCGCAGACGCAAGAGAGCGCUGGACACAAACUACUGUUUCUCUACCACAGAGGAAAGCUGCUGUGUUCGCCGCCUCCACAUUGAUUUUCGUCGCGAUCUAGACUGGAAAUGGAUCCACGAGCCCAGUGGCUACGACGCCAACUACUGCUCCGGGCCCUGCCCUUACCUGCGGAGCUCGGACACAACGCACAGCUCGCUCUUGAGCCUGUACAACACUCUGAACCCGGAGGCGUCUGCCUCGCCCUGCUGCGUCCCUCAAGACCUGGAGCCCCUGACGAUACUCUACUACUCUGGACGGACGCCCAAAGUGGAGCAGCUCUCCAACAUGAUCGUCAAGUCGUGCAAGUGUAGCUGAGAGAGAGGGCGUGACGGCGAGGCGAGGCGAGGUAGUGAGGCAGGAUUUGACCAGGUGCAGACCCAACGCGUGCUCUCUGACCUCUGAACUCUUAGCUGUGACAAAUCCUCAAACUGACCCUGUGAUCUCAUGGCUUAGACACCAACACCACUCUGGAGGUCACACGUUUUUAACCAUGGACACUUAUUUCCUAUUUCUCCCCAAGAUCUCCUUGUUUUAUUGUCUUGUUUUGUGUUUUUUUUUACUUCCACUUCUUCUGGAUCGACAUGAUUUGAACCAAAUUGAAGUUUAGUUUCCAGUAAAGGUGAGAUCUUUAAGAUAUUUCCAUCUCUUGAUUUGUGAAGAUGGGCGACACGCUCCGAAAGCUGAAUUUCAAAGAGCAGCUAUUUCCGACUAAACGAAAACGCAUAGCUGCUUGAUUUAUAAAGAAAAAGAGGGACUGACGUUGUGGAAGAAUUUGAGCAAAAUACAAAUUGAAUCUCUCUGUUUUCAGUAGUGCAGCUUUUUUUUUCCUCCUCUCUGGACUUGGAUUUAUAUUGUUGAUAGUCAUAAAUCCAGAUUUUGUUGGUCGAAGACUCUUUUUUUUUUAUUAACCUUGAACUUACCUUAAGUUCUCUUUGCUUCAAACAGUGGGCAUUAUCUUCACACACAAAAGGAGAAAGGACAGACUCGCUGCUGUAUCCGAAGCCAUAGCUGUGGUCAGGGAAAAGGAGAGCCGAGAGAAAAUGCCUGUAGGAUUUGCAAUGGAAAGUCAAUGAACAAAGCAGUUGAGCCAAGCUUUUUUUCUUGGCCAGCGAGCAGCAGUGGCCUCUUU